UUGCAUUGUUUGGUAAAAUAGGGAAAUAAAUAAUUCAAAAAUAGCCCACUUUACAUGUGGAUUACCACACCCUCCAAAGCCGGAAAAUGCCACAGCCCACCAUAAAAAAAAUCCCUGUAGCUGUUUUUGGAUUUGUUUUUGGAAGGUUUUUGGUUUGCAACAAUGCAUUUACACAAACACACAGAAACUCUAGAGAUGACAGAAUAUAAAUAUGACUUAACAUCCCAAUAGCUUCUGCAUCAAACACUCCUGAAAAAUCAAUCUGAAAACAUCUCUAGACUCUUAAACACUUCAUCAUCAACGAGGAAUUAAUCUUUCAGUUCUGCUACCUUCUUGCUGAAGAUGAGUUCAACAAGCAGGGAAUGGAUAGCAGCAGUAAGUGUAGGAGCAGUGGAGGCAAUGAAAGAUCAGGGAUUGAGUAGGUGGAACCACACAAUGAGAUCAAUGCACCAGCUUGCCAAGAACAACCUCAGGUCUUUGUCUCAGAACAAGCAGCUCUCUCCUGCACUGGCUUCAUCAAGCAGUAAAGCUAAAGAUCAAGAAAAGCUAAGGAGGUCUGAAGAGUCAUUCAGGAAAGUCAUGUACCUGAGCUGCUGGGGACCAAAUUGAUCGAGCCCCACCACUAAAACUACUAGGCAGUUUGUAAUUUUAAGAUACAUGGGGUGAUGUAAAACUGGAAAUUUUGGUAAUUUCCUAGCUACAAAAUUGUAAA